CAACCAGACUGUUCCGUAGCAGCAGUGUACAAGAAGCGGGCAAGCGUGCGUUUGACAGAAAAGGGGCCUACAUUUCCCGGUAGAAGCUGCUCAGCGGCCGUGCGGGGACGGACAGGAGCCGUUAGUACAGGGCCGAGACGCGCAGCAUCGCCUUGUGGGACACCGUGUGCGGAUGAUGGAGGAAAUCCCCGAAGAAUCGGACGUGGUGGCAGCCGUACGGCAGGAGGACUCUGACCCUGACCCAUCAAACCUAGAAGAAUUAAAAAUCGCACAGACUUCAAGUGAGGCCGACACCAAGGGGAAGAAUGACGUGGUACCCGAAGAUGCUGCAGGAGACCCCUUACAGAGUGGAGACCCCUGCAUGGAAAAAAUUGGUACAGAGGAUGGAGAGAAAGUUCCCUUGGUUUUAGAGAGUGCAGGAAAGCACAUAUCUAUCCAGCAGGAACUUUCUCACUUAGAAGCUUUAGCUGAACAAACUGAUGGCGACAAGAAACCUUGCCCUUUGUGUCCUGAGCACAGAUUCAGGUCCUGUCAUAUCAAUAAGCUCCUUAGACACCUGCAGAACCUACACUGGAAAGUCUCUGUUGAAUUUGAAGGCUACAGAAUGUGCAUCUGUUGUUUACCCUGCAUACCGACUACACCGCAAAAUGAAAACGAGAUGCCUGGUAAGAUGAGCGCUCAUUACCAUUGUAUUAUCUGCUCUGAAGCUGUGGCCCGAAGAAGAACAGAAAUGAUAAGACACAUAAAGCGACAUGUCGAGAAAGGGGAGACCAAAACCACAUCAUUGUAUGGUACACCUCAAGAAAUUUUACAGGAGUCCAACACUGAGGUACAGAUUCUGCCUAAUUCUGACACGCCACAGAAAUCUGGUACUUUUUUUAAUCCUGUAAUGAAAACUAACAGGCAGCUGAUAUUUUGUGCUCUUGCGGUACUGACAGAAGAGAGGAAACCUUUGGAGUGUCUGGAUGCCUUUAGUUCCACAGGCAUUAUGGGAUUGCAGUGGGCAAAGCACCUUGGGAGUUCCGUUAAGGUCACCCUUAAUGACAUCAGUGACAGCUCAGUAGCUGUGAUCCAAGGAAAUUGCCACCUCAACAAAAUUAGGGCAGUCAUGAAGAUUGACAAGACUGAUGAAGCAGAGUGUGAAAUAAAAGAAGAAGAAGACGACUUUGAGGGCACCAUAGAAGUUACUCAGAUGGAUGCCAACGUGUUGAUGCACAUGCGGGCGUUUGAUUUCAUACACUUGGAUCCCUUUGGCACGUCUGUGAACUAUUUGGAUGCAGCUUUCCGUAACGUCCGGAACUUGGGCAUUGUAUCUGUGACGUCAACUGACACCAGCUCUCUGUAUGCCAAGACGGUGCAUGUGGCAAAGCGCCAUUAUGGCUGCAACAUCAUCAGGACAGAGUACUACAAGGAGCUGGCAGCUCGAGUGGUCCUCUCAGCCGUAGCAAGGGCUGCUGCUCGAUGUAAUAAAGGCAUUGAAGUUCUGCUCUCAGUGGCUCUUGAGCACUUUGUGUUGGUGAUAGUCCGUGUCCUAAGAGGUCCCUCUCUAGCUGAUGAAAGUACAAAGAUGAUUAAUAAUGUGAUUCACUGCCAUUGGUGUGAGGAACGAAUCUUUCAGAAGGAGGGGAACAUGAUAGAAGAAAACCCAUACAAACUACUACCAUGUGAUUGCCACCUGAGCAUGCCAGGGAGAUCUGCAGUCAUGCUUGGUCCAGUGUGGUCCGGUUCCUUGUUUAAUGCAGGGUUCUUGAGGAGAAUGCUGUUUGAAGCAACAACACGAGGGCUUUCAGACUUGCAGGCCAUACUAAAGACAUUGAUCUGUGAAUCUGAAUGCACGACGCCUAAACAGUUCGCUGUUCAACCAAGUCAAGGCAAUCAAGCCGAAGAAAGUGGUGUUUUCAUUAAAAUUCCAGAAGGAGACGUUUCCGCAGCCCCAGGUAAAAGAAAAUGCCCAGACAUGAACACGGCUGCCCCUAAACGAAUGAAGACGGAAGUCCGCGCAGAGCACCCUCCGUUCUAUUACAGUAUUCACAGGCAUGCUAUUGGAGGACUAAAUAUUCCAAAGUUAAACAAAAUUUUGCAGUACCUCUCUGAAGCUGGAUUCCUAGUGAGUCGUACACAUUUUGACCCUACGGGAAUACGAACGAAUGCAUCACUGGCCUCGCUGAAGGCAAUCCUCAAAAAGAAUAGCAGCCUCUCAAAUACAUCACAGGUCAGCAGCUGCAAGGAGGGCUCAGAAAGCCAGAGUGAGGAGACCCCUCUGCAGGAGCCCACCCCCUUGUCUGACCAGAAGUAAAUUUAGUUUGUUUGUUAGUUAAGAAUCCCUAAACGAGUAAAUCUACUAUUCUUCUACAAAAGGAACAAACUGUUCUUUCAUGUAAUAAACAUAAUUUUACUUUCAAACGUG